ACCACUAAACAUACUUCGUGCAAUCUGACAGCGGCAAAUAUUUGUUGUCGUGUCCCCAAUUGUGUGCUAGAUAUUUAAAUCUCUGCAUUUUUUUACUUUUUUCGAGUUUUAAAAGAUCUUUAGCUUUUUAAUGACUAAUAAAAAAGAGGAAAAGCCACAACCUGAAAUUGAGGUUGCAAAAAUCAACAAAUGGGACGGCUCGGCUGUGAAACAUGCCUUGGAUGAUGCAGUGAAGAAUUGCCUCUUAAGCGACAGACCACAAUUGAAAGAACAAUUUGGAUUGAUCAAUGCCCGCUUGGCGUUGUGCGCUCUAGCAGUAGGUGUGGCUGUGCUGGCGCAUGGCUGGGACUAUACACAUCCCUUCCCCGAGUCACGUCCAGUAUUGCUCUUUAGCGUCAUUGCUUACUUCGCGUUAAUGGGCAUUCUCACUUUACACACCACAUUCCGUGAGAAGGGAACUUUUGCUGUAGCAGUUCAAAAGAAUGGAAAUAAUGGCCCGCGCACUUGGGAAGCAAGCUCCGAUAUGAAGAAAUACGAUGAUAAAUACACGUUAACUUUCACUGUAAAAGAUGUGAAAGGUGUUCGUGAAGCAAGUAGCACUAAAUCGUGUGCCAACUUCAUUGAUGCCAAUGGUGUAGUAUUGGACAAUUUGGUAGCCAACGAAGUUAAUCGUCUUUUCAAUUCACUGUCAGCUGGGAAAAAGGAUGAGUAGCUCAUUGAGUUGGUAUAGACGGAGUAUGAGUAUAUGUAUUUAAAUUAUAGUGGACACAGUGUUUGCGAACGUUGCAAUGAUGGUAUGGGACAUAGUAAAGAAAGCUUAGCAAACUUGGAUAUACAACCUUUAUGUGUAUAAAACCACAAUGUGAAAAAUGUUUUGAUUAUAAUAUUGACCUUUCGCAUAUAUUGUAAGACUUUGAAAAUUAUGCAUUUCACAAUAAGAACACGUAACCAGAACUUUUUUGAAUAUAACUAGAA